GCUGGGGUGUUAGGUUUAAACUAAAGUUCGUCCAAUUGUGCGUCAAGUCGUGAGUCUAAGCUGUAAGUAGCUGUAAUUAGUAUCUGUACUAACUUUAGUCCUAAAAUUCUUCUCAAUGUCUGUCUCUGUCUAAGUCUCAUGUGCUCUCUUUUGUUGUUAUUGUUGUUGUCUCUUUUGUCACAUUGUGUGCCACACAUGACAGAUGCUUAUCACAGGCAGGACAAUUGCCUGACGCUGGAGUGCAAGGUUUCUGGCAGUCCCAAGCCCCACAUCUACUGGCAACGUGACAACACUUUGUUGCCACUGGAGGGCAGGAAGUACGAGUACAGCGAGCAGAGCGGAGAUGGCAUCAAGCAGCUAACAAUACGAGAUUUCAGCAGCGAGGACUCCGGUCUAUACACCUGCUAUGCGGAGAGCGAGAAUGGCCAAAUGAAAAUUAGUAAAUUUGUGCAGGCUACAGACUAUGUCAGGGCACGUGGCAAUGAUAAGCAGAGCAAGGACAAUAAGGAACAAAUGCAGCAAGAGCAAGAGCAUGGGCGGCCAUCGAUGGCGAGUGAUGUCAACGCAGUUGGCCAGGCCAAGGCAAAGGCACGUGAGGCUAAGCUGCGGCUGCAGCUGGAGACAAAGCUGAAGAGCAUGACCUUGAGCAGUGGCAAUAAGGCACAGCUCAUAUGCUAUGUAUCUGGUUUCAUUGAGCAGGUGCAUUGGGUGAAGAAUGAGGAGCGUGUGACCAAAGAUGCGCGUCAUAAGAUUUACAACAUAAAUGGGGCCAUUAGCUUAGAGAUCUACGAUGCUCGCCCUGAGGACAGUGGCAACUAUAGAUGCGUAGUGAAGAACAGCAAGCAGACAGUGGAGAGUGCCGCAGAGUUAACGGUGCUGGAUGAGACGAGCGGGCGACUGCCACAGAGCUUCCAGGCAGGCAUACAGAAAUCCUUUGAUGCGCAACGCAACGAGCUUGUGCUCAGCUGUCAGCUGCAUGGACGUGCGCAGGUGUCCUGGAUGCGAGACGACCAUACUAUAUGCAACAAUCGUUACAGGUUGCUGGAGGAGGCGGGAGGCGUGCGCAAGCUCAUUAUACGUAAUCCCAUUGCCACAGACUGUGGCAGCUUUGCCUGCUAUGCAGAGCAAGAGGAACAGAUAGAUUCCAUAAGCUGCACAAUACGCGCAGCGGACCUAAAGCGCUUGCUGAGCCUAGAGCCACAGCUGGAGACGCUCCAAUCGACGCCUGCGAAUGUGACUGCAAAUGUUUCUGCAACUGCUGUUAAUGGACAUGGCCUGGGUACUCGCUUGCUCCGCCAGGUUGCCAAGUCCAAGCCAAUCUUCCAUACCUAUUUACACGAUCGUACUGUGGCCGAGGGCGCCAAUCUGCGCUUGGUGUGCAGCGUCAGCGGGGACGAAAACACACACAUUGAGUGGCUCCGGAACCACAAGCCUUUGCCACAAGAUGCGCGACGUUAUCAGAUGGUCUAUCAGCAGGGCGAAGCCUCACUGGAGAUAUUCGAUGCCCAAGCGGAUGAUAGUGGAAGCUACACGUGCUCAGCCAUCAACGAUUUUGGCGAGAGCUUUAGCCAGGCGCAGCUGCGAGUGUAUAAGAAUUUUAGAGAGGCCUCACUGCCCACCAGCUUUGCGCAGCCCAUCAGAGGUAGUCCAGAUGCAAUGCAGCCGCAACCGCAACCGCAUCCAUUUACGCAAAACACACAACAGCUUUUUAUGCUAACUGCUUGUUUAAUGCUUUAUGUUCUUUAUAUUCCUCGGUGUUCUUUCUAAUGCUCUCCAUU